AUGUCUUCCACAACCGCGGUCCCAGAAACUUUGAACGGCAACCCGCCGACCCUCAAGACCCCGAACGUGGUUUCAGAUGAACCGUCCAACGAAUGGGCCUCGAAUACCCUAGGCGCUAUUACCGAUGAUAAGACGAGUAGUACUACCACCCAAGAGAAGCCGCAACCAAAUGUCGAAGCGGACAUCGGGUACGUGAAAGGCGUGGCGGCCUCUGCAAUCGAGACUGCCAAGGAGUACGUCGGUGCUGCUGGCGACAAGGUAGCUCCAUACCUCCCACAGAGCGUCGCUGGCUAUGUUGGGAAAUCCCAUUCUGGCGAAUCCCACCCCGAACGGAACCCCAACCACGGCUUUGACGAUGUAUACGGUGAAUCCAUUGCCAAGUGUCCCGAGGAGCGCCGUCUUGAAUCUUUGCCUUCCCAUGACGACGAAUCCCAAACUCCUCUUGGUCAUUCAGGAGGAGUUGGCCGUCUUCCAGGCUCUUCUGAUGAGACUGGCGUGGCUGUCCUUCCAGACGAACGAAAGGGUGAAGCUGAGCCCAACCAUGGGUUCGACGACGUGUCCGGGGGAUCUAUCGCAAAGCUUCCUGAAGAAUCCCGCCUGGAAGUCUUGCCGUCCCGCGAUGACGACCGCCUGACUCCUCUCGGACAUACGGGAGGUGCUGGACCUUUGCCAGGCAGCAUCACUGAAGCCGGUGUCGCCGUAUUGCCAGACGAACACAAAGCCGGCGCCGCUGCAAGCUUGGAGCCGGACAGAACGAACCGCGAGCCCUUCACCACUACGCUCCCCAAACCCAAGGCCGAGCCUCAAACAGCUGGAGGACCCGUCGGACCAUCCACUCGUACCCAGUUCCUCGAUGCCAAACCACAAGAUCAAGAACACAAACCCUCGCCUCCACUCGAUAUGUCGCAAAAUGCGAGCACCAAUGCCAGCAUCAAGACCUUGCCCGGGAGCAAGCUCGGUGGCCAGAGCGACGAGGAGCUCGAGACGUUGCGGGAGCACACCUCUGGGGCUCCUAGGAGUGGCGCUGCGGGCGUCCAGGUUUCCCCCACUUCCCAUGGCAAGCCACACGACCGCGUCAAGGAGACAUUGACUGAAAAGCCUAUCGUGACGACGACGAACGUCCUCCCUGAAGCGACAGCCCAACCCAGGGACAAGCACACCGUCGAAGAUUCUCCUGCUACCAAGGGACUUGGGCAGAAACUCGACACUACUUCACCGAACAAGCCUGUCAACACUACUGCCCGGGAACAUCCCGUCGAAGGCAAUCGACCUCCUCCAGUUCCGGAGAAAGCACAGCCAGACGUACACCACCUCGACUCGGGUCGUGCGACCGCCGGACAUAGCACCACCGGUCUCACUGACUGGGAUCAUCCAACAAGAGUCCAGAAAGCUACCAGCACCCCCAACGCCGACGCCGCUACGUCCUAUCCCUCGGGAACAAAGCAUACCACUUCUGCGGGUGCUGCUGACCGAGGUGAACACGUCGGGUCUGGCGGCGCUGGAUUGUCCGCUGGUACAGCUCGACAACCUCGUGCUAGUCCUGGUAGUCCGCCGAAGAAGCACGGUUUCAUGGACAAGAUCAAGGGCGAGGCCAAGGUCAUCAGUGGCAAGUUGGGCAAGAACGAGAGCAAGGUCGAGGAAGGAAAGAAGCUGAUGGGGAAGAACUAAGUAAAUGACUGACUGAAUGUUUCUCUUUUUGACUUUCGAUGACCCGACGUACUCGUAACAAUACCUGCAAUUAUGCGCACCACUGUACUUUUAGUGCUUGCAUCCUUGUAAUUUUCAUUCGGUAUCUUGGUUU